AUGCAGCCAAAGAUUUUUAGCUCCCCUGGUAAAGCCCUUCUUGCCGGCGGUUACCUAGUUCUAGAUCCCACAUAUGAGGCGUUUGUUGUGGCUCUUUCCUCCAGAAUGCAUGCUGCGGUUACAACAUUGAAAAAAUUGACUUCUGGAGGACAAACCAGGAUCACGGUCAAGUCUCCACAGUUCAAACUGGGAGAGUGGACGUACGUUAUAGAUACGAAUCGUUUGCCCGAUAUGGAUCUUUCGGAGGUAUCCGGACGCAAGAAUCCAUUUGUGAAAUCGACGAUUGUCACGAUUCUUUCCUACUUGAGGCCAAGCACCAGCUACGAGAUCGUGAUCACCAUUUUUUCCGACUCCGAGUACCACAGCCAGAUAGGUUCGACACCCCGAAGCUCAAGGAACGGCAAAAGAACAUUCUACUAUCACAACAAGCCAAUUAAUGACGUGCCAAAGACAGGUUUGGGCUCCAGUGCGGGCUUGGUUACUUCUUUAACUGCCGCUCUUCUCUACUGCUACACAGGAGAUGGAUUUCUGACCAACCAGCGCCAACUCGACACCUUGCACAACCUUGCACAGGUUGCACACUGCUUGGCACAGGGAAAAGUCGGCUCAGGUUUCGAUGUUGCAUCUGCUGUGUAUGGAUCAAUCGUUUAUCGGCGUUUCAAGCCGGCCUUGAUCAACAAUUUGGUUGCAUUAGAGCCAGCGCGUUUUUCUGCCGGUCUUGGGGAGCUCAUCGAUAAAACCAACUGGAACAUCGAGCAUCAGCGUUGCUGUUUAGUGCCUGGCAUCCAUAUCUUGAUGGGAGACGUGGCAGGCGGCUCAGAAACACCAAAGCUUGUCACAAAGGUCCAAAAAUGGAGGUUGGAGAACCCCGACAGAGCACUUUCCAUGUGGACUGCUCUCAAUGAGUCCAAUAUGGGGCUAGUGGCGUCUCUAACGUGUCUUGAGCAGUUUGCAUCGAGCAAUAAGCAGGAGUAUGCCAAGUUGCUUGAAUAUCUAGACGCACAUUCUGCCAGGGACAUUUCGGCAUCGGAAAAGCCAGCCAUCCAGCUCUUGAAAGACGUUGUCAGCAGUAUUAGGAGCAUCAGAAAGCUUCUGAAGAUCAUGACUGUAGAAAGUGGUGCAGAGAUCGAGCCAGAUGAACAAACAACUCUUUUGGACAACUGCGAGGCUCUGGAUGGAUGUCUCGGAGGAGUUGUUCCGGGUGCGGGUGGCUACGAUGCGAUUUGUCUCUUGGUGAGUGAAAAUUCCAUCAAGAAGAUUAUCAAGUCUUCCGCUACGCUUGCAGAAUUCCAGCAUGUUCAUUGGCUCCGUCUUUUGGAGCAAAGGCACGGGUUGAUUGAGGAGCAAGCAUCGGAUUUUGAUGGUCUCUUCUAG